UCAAGAAUAACAAUGUCUGAUAUAACAAAGAAGUUCAUUGGAGAAUAUGCGAGAAAGUUUGGGGGAGAUCAUUCCCACUAGUUUCACUUAAAAUCCUCAAAAGAUUUUUAAGAAGGAAAUGCGAAACGAGAUAUAAAAUGUGGUCAACAUUUGGAAGACUGUUGUCAAUUUCCAAUACUAUUAGAAAUUCAAAAAAAUGUCAGAGAUUAAUUGCUGCUGCUGUAGCAACUUCUGUUGCCAGCUAUGAAUAUAUUAAAAUGAAUAAAGUUUAUUUAGCAACAUCUGUUAUUGAAGAGAGAAAUUUUAUGGCAGAGCCAAUAACAGAGAAGAAAGUACUACAGUUGGAUAUGAAUGACAUGAAAAAGAGAAUGGAAGUUAUGAUUUUAAAUGCUCAAGCUGAAUUUUGCAAGGCUUUGGAGAAGUAUGAAGAUACUCAAAAAUUUAAAGUAGAUAGAUGGAAACGACCUGAAGGUGGAGGUGGAAUUACUUGUGUUUUAGAAGAUGGUGAUGUUUUUGAAAAAGCUGGUGUAAAUAUAUCGGUGGUACAUGGAAUUUUGCCAGCUGGAGCUGUUGCACAAAUGAGAGCAAGAGGUAAAAAAUUUGCAAACAAAGAUAAGCUUCCCUUUUUCGCUGCUGGAAUAAGUUCUGUUAUACAUCCUAGAAAUCCAAAUGUUCCAACUAUCCAUUUCAACUAUCGAUACUUUGAAGUGAGUAAUGGAGAUGGCACAACAACUUGGUGGUUUGGGGGAGGGACAGAUAUGACACCAUACAUUCUGGAUGAGGAUGAUGCUCGUCAUUUCCAUGUAACAUUAAAAGAGUGUUGUGAUAAGCAUGAAAAUUCAUAUUACAGUCGCUUUAAAAAGUGGUGUGAUGACUAUUUUUUUAUUAAACACAGAGGAGAAUGCCGUGGCAUUGGAGGAAUUUUCUUUGAUGACUUGGAUACUCCUGAUCAAGAAAGCUGUUUUAAAUUUGUUACUGAUUGUGCCAAUAAUGUUAUUCCUAGUUAUAUACCUAUUGUUGAAAAGAACAAAGAUAAAGGUUAUUCAUAUGAAGAUAGACAAUGGCAAUUAUUACGUAGGGGGAGGUAUGUAGAAUUUAAUUUGAUUUAUGACCGAGGUACUAAAUUUGGACUAAUGACCCCAGGAGCUCGUUAUGAAAGUAUUCUAAUGUCUCUUCCACCAUUUGCUAAAUGGCAGUAUUGUCACUCACCAAAGGAAAAUUCAAAAGAACAUAAACUGAUAGAAGUUUUAAAAAAUCCACGUGAUUGGGUUUAGUGUAUCAUAGAAAAAAGUAACAUAAUGUUAUUUAUUAUCUUAUUCAAAAUCCAGUUGUGUUGAUACUGUGAUAAACUGACAUUUUUUGAAGUGGCUAUGGUUUGCCUACUAAUAUACUUAUUUUAUGUUACUAUUUUGAAAUAUUUUUGAUAAAUAAAGUUUUAUUAUGUCUCAUCUA